CGGUGUACAUCUUACUGCACAUUCAUAUUAUCUACAAUAUUACGUGUGUAAAUGCAUGUAUAUGCACGUACGACCGAUUCAACGUCUCCUGUGUGUCUUACUUAACGUGUUUUUCUGGAUGAAAAAAGAUAGAAAAAUACUAGCUAGCAUUAUUUUGUUCAUGGAUACAUUAAUAUUUUAGAACUAAAUGUAAUAUAUAAUGAAGCAAUUAAACAAAUUUUUAAUAAAAUAUUAAGGUUGACAAGGCAAUUUGACAUUUUAAAACAUGAAACAGUGUUGUUUAAGCCACCAACUUCAACUGUGGCUUAUGUUUCUUGUCUUUUGUGUAAUGUGCAAUAGAGCAGAUAUUUUAGUAUUUUCUGCGGCUGCAAGACAUCAAAUUGAAGAAGAAUUUAGAGAUAUGCCUGCCAGAUUUGGAGGUUUGAUACCAUCUGAAGGAAUUAAGGGGAUGGUUGUGUAUGCAGAACCGGCUACAGCAUGUCAUGAAAUACAGAGUCCUCCUAAUAGUACGAGUUAUAUUGGUAAUUGGAUAUCUUUAAUUGCUCGCUAUAAUUGUAGUUUUGAAAGAAAAGUACGAAUGGCUCAGAAAGCUGGUUAUGAUGCUGUAAUUAUACAUAAUGUAAACAGCAACAAAUUAGAACCAAUGUUAGCUAAAGAUCCUACAGGAAUAAUAAUACCAUCAGUAUUUGUCAGUGAAAUUACAGGAUUGAUUAUUAAAGAAAAUUAUUUAUAUGAUGAAUUGUAUUUUAUAUUAAUCAAUGAUGACAGUCCAUUCAAUAUAACACAUUUACUUUUGCCUUUUGCUAUUGUCGUAGGGAUAUGUUUUCUAAUCAUGGUUAUCUUUAUGAUUGUUAGGUGUAUUAAAGAUAGAAGAAGACAGCAAAGACAUAGAUUACCUAAUUCAAGUUUGAAAAAAAUUCCUACGCACAAGUAUACAAAAGGUGAUCCAUAUGAAACAUGUGCUAUUUGUUUAGAUGACUAUGCUGAGGGUGAAAAAUUAAGAGUUUUACCCUGUGCACAUGCAUAUCAUACAAAAUGUAUUGACCCUUGGUUAACAAAAAAUCGUAGAGUUUGUCCUGUUUGUAAGCGAAAAGUUUUUGCAGCGGACGAACAAGUUGUUACUGACGAAAGUGAUUCGGAUGCCGAUGAUACGACACCUUUGAUUCGAGAAGGUCAUCAAGGUACUCAAGGUGGAACAUUUUCACGACAAAGAGAGAAUCCUUUUAAUCGUGCCAGAAGAUCGCAAACAAGACAACACGAUAUAAUUCACUUCAAUAGCAGUUCUGAUUCUGAAGAAUUAUUAGAUACAACAGAUGAAGAAGCUAGUAUAAGUGCUGGAGAACCAUCUAGUGGCACUGUUUUCAGGCCGUUUGAUAUUCAUAGUAUUAAUGGCGAAUUACCGGACUUGGAAUGUUCUGUGAGCAGUACUAAACCACAUACAGUAAAUUUAUAUACAGAUGUUGAAGAAUUUCCAGCCCCUGUUGUUCAAAUUACAAAUUGCAAUAUACGAACAAAUUCACAAACAUCGAAUUCGGGCGGGUCUGUACCAAUCGAAAGUGAAGCUACAAAUUUUAUUAAUACAGAUUCUGAAGAGAUCGAUAUUCAUGUAUAAAAUUCGGUUAUAUCUAUUUUUUAUUAUAUAUCUAUAUAAUCAAUAAGAUUGAUAUGUUCUUUUAAGACAUUACAAAAUCUGAUAUAGACUGUUAAUAAUUCAUAACUAUAUAAAAAAAAGGCAUUUUGAAUGCUUUAAGAGCUUCAUCUUUUAUUUUAAAGAACGAAAAAAAUAUUUAUCAUUAUUUCUUCUCUAUUAACUAUACAAUAGUUUUCAUCGCAAAUUUAAAUUUAUUUCAUUUGUCUAAUAUUAGGGUAUUCCAUAAGUUUCUUUUUUUUUUUGAUACGAAAUGAAUACAUGAUAUUUGUUGUUUAAGAUUAAUUUAUUGCAUUAUAUAUGAAUUGUUCUACUCUAUCACUUUCUUCCAUCUCUCAUUAGAAAGCCUCAUUAUUCGCUUUUUCCAAAAUUGUUGGGGUUUAUUUGCAAAAUAUUGCUCAAGGUACCUUUUUUAUUUCACUUACAGAGUGGAUUUAUUAUGGAGAAAAUUUUUUUAAUAAGAGAAACAAGUAAUAGUUGGAUAGAGCAAGAUCUAAGGAAUACAGAAGAUGUAAUAGAAUGUCCCAAUCAAUUUAUAACAGCUUUUCUUUUACAGUCAAUGCAACAUGCGGUUUUAUAUUGUCGAUUCGCCAGUUUUGACCUACUACUUGACUUGGCGUCCUUCAAUUUAUCAAGCUGAUUGCAAUAUUUUUCAGAAUUGAUGAUUUCAUUUUGAGACAGGAGCUCAUAGUAUUACACUUUUCUAAUCCCAUCAAAUGGAUAAUAAAAUUUUCUUCGGGUGAAAUCCAGGUUUCGCGACAAUUGACAGUUUAUUAUUCUUAAAUCAAAUACAUUUUUAAUACAUAUUUUCAUAGAAAAUCCAAGUCUCAUCUCCAAGUCUGACAAGUCUCUUUAAAAAAUCUCUUUCAUGUCGUUGGAAAAGGAAAUCGCAUAUAAAGAUGCGGUUCAUAAAAUCGCGCUUUGUCAAUAGCUAUGGAACCCAAACUUCACAUUGAUUGAUAUAUCCCAUCUUGGUCAGAUGAUUAUCUAUCAUUUUCCUGGAAAUGUUAGUGGUAUCUAUUAUUUCUUACAUUAUAUCGCGGAUUUUCAGCGAGCAUAGCCUUGAUAAAAUCCGUAUUAUAUUCAUCGUUGCAGCUGCGAUCUUCAUCUUUCAAGUCAAAAUUGCCUUCUCUAAAUCUCUUAAACUUCUUAAUUAAAUCUCUUCUUAAAUGUCUUAAUUGUGGAUGAUCGUAAUAGUUACAUACCAUCGUAAAAGAGUAAUAGAGUACCACUCCCGUAAACAGUACAAAUCUCAUCUGCAAUAUCAUUUGUAUUAUCAUCUUUUUUUUUUAAAUAAUAAAGCAUAAUAUGUAGCAAACGUUCCCUUCCGGCUAUUCAUAUUAAACAGAAAUAGAAAAAAGUUUUAAAAGAGAUUGUAUCAUGAACGAAACAUACUUUAAAGAGUUCUAAGAUGACUGAAAUGAACCAAUGCCGUAUGACAAAAUAUAUAAUAGAUAAGUCUGUUCAUAUAAAAAUAACCAGUUAAAGUCAUUCCUAACGAGGUGUGGAAGAAACUUAUGGGACAUUCUAAUAUUUACUGUUUUUUCAAGCAUUUUUUUUACAUCAUAAAUUUUAUAUAUAGAUAAAUGAAAAUUUCUUCUUGAAAAUGAUUUGCCAUCAUUUUAAUAGUAAGAAUCAUUGUUAUCUUUAGCUUGUUUUAAUUAAAAUUUAUUUUAAAUAAUAUGAAAAUAAUUAUUUAAUAAUUAAGACUUUAAAUUACUUUUUUUUUUAAAUUUAUAUCUGUAUAAUCUAAUUUUUCAAAUAUUCGUUAGUUUAUAAAAAAUAUCAAAAUAUUAAAACAAUUCAAUUAAAAUUAUUACUAAUUAUUUAAAAUAUUCAUUUGUUUUAAUCAAAAUUGAUAAACAUUUGUAAACUAAUAUUGAAACAUUUAAGAUUAAUGUUUAUUUAUAAUUUUAUAUGGCCUAGAUAUUUUAUUUUAAAACUUUACUUUUGAUUAUCAUAUAUUUAUCUUUUCUUUAUUUAGUUACCAUAGUAUAUAGAUUUUGUUUAAUAGGCAAUUAGAUUCUUUAUUCCAUAAAUGUUAAGUAAUGAUCAUUGGCAAAUAUAUAUAUAUAUUGCCAAUAUAUUGCCAAAAUAUAUAUAUAUAUAUAUAUAUAUAGCAAAUGAAUGAAAAAAAAAUAUAUUUUUUAACGAUAUGAUUCAUAACAUAUAUUUGUAAAUAUUAUAUUUGUUAUUGUAUAUACAUACACAUAUAUAUAUAUAUAUAAAUUAGAAAACCAAAAAUAGAAUUUUCUUUUAUGCAGGACAUAUAGAAAAAUAUAGAAUCUAAAUAUAUAAUAAAAUUCUAAUGGUAAUAUCUUGGAUGUUACAUGUUAUAUAAAUCGAAUUAAAUUUUUUAAAAAAUUGUAGAAAUAUGAUAAUGAUAAUUCUAAUAUUGAUAAUUAAUUUUCUAAAAAAACAAAUACAAAAAAAUAUAAUUGGAUGUUUUUGACAUGUCAUUUUCUAUACAUAUUCUGUAAAUUUGUCUAUAUUAAUAGAAAAGAAAAUUUUUUUUAGCCAUUUCCUAAUAAUAAUGACAAGAAUUAUGUAAAAUAUUGUCAUUAAGAAAAAAUAUUGUGACAGAAGACAUAUAAGUAAUAGUGGAGAUAUAUAAAUAGAAAACAUAUAAAUAAUUAAUAUAAAUUAGGAAAUGGUUGCUGUGAUUUAAUUGAUAUUUAAAGAAAAUCUUUCGGAAGAAAAGAACAAAGGAAAUAUUGUAUAAAACUGUGUAAAUAAUAAUAAAUAACUGGUAUGUGUGAUCUUAUUGUGCAUGCAGGCGCUCGUAUGUAUGUAUGUACAUGUAUGUAUAUUUUACAAUAUUAAAGAAUGAAUUUUUACUUAACCAUUAUGAUAUCCAAACCGAAAGAUUAGACUUGCUAUCAUUUUAUUGUUUAAUGCUAGAUGUAUUAUUCAGAAAAAUAAAGAAAUAUUUAUA